AUGGGUGUCGAAAAGACUAUUCUCAAGGCCGGCAACGGCGUCGAUUUCCCCAAGAACGGUGACAAUGUCGCUAUCCACUACACGGGCUGUCUGUAUGACCAGAGCAAGGCCGACAACCACUACAUGGGCACCAAGUUCGACAGCUCCCGGGACCGCGGCUCUCCCCUCGCUUCCCCCAUCGGUGUCGGCCGACUCAUCAAGGGUUGGGACGAGGGCGUUCCCACCAUGAGUCUGGGCGAGCGCGCUAUUCUGAACAUUAGCAGCGACUACGGCUAUGGCAACCGCGGCUUCCCCGGCCUGAUCCCCGCAAACUCCCGCCUGGUCUUCGACGUCGAGCUCGUCUCGGUCAACGGCAAGUCCGCCUAG